AUGGCGGCGCCGGAAGUGAACACCGAGACAGGGGCGCGCACGCCGCGCCGCUCUGCCCACACCAACUCUAUGGGGGGCGAUGCUCCUCCUCUUCCUCCUCCUUUGCCUCUGCCCGCUCCUCCUCCCCCCGCUCCAUCCCCCGAGCCGGGAGCUCGAGGAUUUCUCCUUCCCAAAGCUUGGCCAGAUGAAGGAGGCUGUGAGGAAGAGGAAGAUGCCAUGGGCCCCCUGGGCAGGACACCUCUACAUCUGGCUUCGGCCAAUGGCCAUGCAGAUGUCGUCAGAUAUCUGCUAAGAAAGAACAGCCAGCCCAACCUCGCUGAUAACUUCAAGAGAACUGCCCUGAUGAAGGCAGUGCAGCAGGAGCAGGAAGAAUGUGUUGCUGUUCUGCUGGAACACGGUGCUGACCCCAAUCUGGCAGAUGCUGACGGCAACACUGCCCUUCACCUGGCUGUCCUCUCUAAAAACACAGCUGUAGCAGGGCUGUUACUGGAGCAUCAUGCCAAGAGUGAUGCUCAGAACCAGUGGGGAUUUACCCCCUUCAAACUUGCAGCCUUGCAACAGCAUGAGGAGAUUCUGGAGUGCCUUGUGAACAAAGCAGCUGACAGGCCUGCUCAAGCCCAGGGGGAAAGGAGUGCUCUUGUGGUUCCUGGAAGCCAUGAGGCUCACCUGGAGGAAGAUAAUCUGCGCUUGCAGGAGGAGCUGGACAGGGCUGACGCGGAGCUGCAGGAGGAGGAAGAAAAGCAUCUUCAGUCUGAGCAUUGUGUUCCUGACUUGAAGACUGCCAUGGAUGACAAGGAAAGAGAGGCAGUAACUUCUUCCCAGAAACUGCAGGACCUCCUGUUGGCAUCUUGUGAGACCAAUCCGACUGUAAACCAACUGGAAGAAGACACGCAAGACUUUGCCAGUGAGAACAGCAGAUUGGAAGGCACUGUCCAGCAGCCAAGCGAGAGCGUUGAAGCCCUUCCGAGAGCCCUGCAAGCCUCUGCCUCAGUAAGCUGGUGCUAAAUUUGCCUUUUUGUGACUCUUGAGCCUAGUUGCCUAUUUCUGUGGGGCAAUUGUCAGAUGAAGUUUUCCUGGAGAGCCUGGGGAGCUCAGUUUCUGCCUUCUCCUCAGCAGAGGCUGCUCAGAAAGCAGCCUGGUCCUUUCCCCAGCUGCUACAAAAGCCCUGAGGGUAUUUGGUGUGCUGGACACUGGAGGAAUUCUUAGAUUCUAAAUGAGGAGUUUCAUCAUGAGCUCCAAGGGACCCAGAAGUAUUGUUGCCAGAAGUGUCUCCCAAAUUCUUAAGUAGGUGUAAAGUUUCUUCUUUCUGUCGGGGAAUCUUUCAAGUGUUUUCUAGGCUGGUUUCCAGUAGAUGAUAAAUACAGUUGCCAUGGC